AGGGCAGCACAGGUGGAUCAGCCCCGUUCAAACCUGACUGAGGAAUCUGUGUGUGGGACUGUGUGUUCUCCUCGUAUCUGUGUGGGUUCAGUGCUCCAGUAACAGGAGGAGCAGAAGGAGCAGGAGGCCAUGGAGGCCGACAACGCAGAGGACAUCGAGUCCCUCAUGGAGGACAUGGACUACAUCCCCGGCCACUUCCACCUGGACCUCAACCUCAACUGUGAUCAUGUCGGGCCUGUGAAGCUGAGACACAGGGACACUUACCUGAAACAGGAGAGCCUGCGAGGCGAGCUGGAGGCUGAAUCUGGAUAUUUGCAGUAUGCUGUUCGAAAUCUGCUGGGUCUGCUGGCCUUUCAUCUCGAACAGCUGGACACGGCCGAGGAAAUAUUCAGAAGCAUUUGCAAAGAAGACCCCGGUAACCUCAAUGCCUGGGCCAACCUGGGCUAUGUGUACGACAAGCUGGGCAGAGAGCUGGACGCAGGGGAGUGUGUCGAGAAAGUGUCCCACUUUAUGGGCUUGGAAGCUGGAGUGGCCUCUCAGGACGAGACCAGGCUCCUGGCGGCCCGAUGCCUGGCUGAGCAGGCCUACGUGUAUCCGUACGAUGUGGAGCUGGACAGUGAGGACGACCUGAGACAGCGGCUGACGGCCGCUCUGAGACUUUACAACAGAGCCCUGGACUACGGGGGUCAGCUGAUACCAACAGAGGAAAAAAGAAGCUGGUACUUCAAAAUGGCAACCAUCUACAUAAGACUGGACGACAUCGUAAAGACCAAAGACGACUCUGAAUACUCCAGAUUGCCCCACUACAAUAAGGGACUGAAGCUUCUCAAAGCAACGCUAGAAUCUGAGAAAACAAGAUAUAAAGCUCUUGCCUGGUGUUAUGUUGGCAUCAUGCUGGAGAGAAAGGAAGAGUUCACCACUGUUCCCAUGUCUAUACAUGACUGUGGCUACUCAGCCUCAGAUCCUCUGUCCUGCUAUGGAACUGCAAUUAACUUGGCCAGCGAUGAUGCAUUCACCCUGAACCUUCUGGCAAAAGUCUUCUUUCUGUUGGGGAAACACGAGAUGGCCACAGGGAUCUGUAACAUGGCCCUAAACGUGCUCCCAGACCCAGAGCUCAACUGGCAGGCCUACUGCACCCGCGCAAAGAUCAAUGUGAUGCUCUACGUCAGGGACCUGGAAAUAGCAAAAUGUGGUCAAGGUGGAAUCCCAGACCGGCAGAAGCUCACUGAGGCCAGAAAAGACUUGGACAAGGUCCUGACUGUACGUCCGUGUCUGCGGACUCACCUGGAGUUGGCACAGGUGUUCUACUACAUGGGUGUAGAUGCACUCCAGGAGAGUCUCUUGGUGGAUGAGGCGGCAGUGAACAACGCAUUGGUCAGUCUGUCCCAUGCCCUGAAGUUCGAGCUAGGCGACAGCUUGCCGGACCUCCACGUGCUGCGGGGACGCUGCCUCCUGCUGAAGGGUGAGGAGCAGAACGCUGCAGACUGCUUCAAGCAGGCUGUGGAGAUGGAGAGACCAGGGAGCACCGACACCACAGCCCUGCGCUGCCUCCUACAGGCCCUCCUGGCUCUCUUCAUGCAGGCAGGCUCUGAUCCCAGCCCGGCCAUCACCCAACUUGAGCUGUGGGUGCAAAAGGCAGAAGAGAGGUACCCUGGGGAUGCUGUGAAGGCAGAGCUGAAGUGCCUCUACAGGACUCACACAGCAGAGGUCACAGAGUUAUCGAGGGCUCUGAUCAGGACAGGCAGAAUGGGCCUAGUGAGGAGGCUGCUGGAAACGGUAGUGCCCAAGAAACUGGGCAAGAAGAGACCGAUGGCACGAUCUUUCUCGUACGCAUGAGGCCAACAUAAGAUUUUACAGGCCUGUGACCCAACCAGACCAGACCUGCUGUAAUUAAUGAACUUGAUGACAUGCAUUUCAUAAAUCAAAUUAACAACAGCAAUGCAAUGUAAUUGAGAUGUCUUUACUGUUACCGUUUUUAAGCUGUGAUUCUUCAAUUAUUUACCUGUUUUUUGGGAACUUGGGAAGUGCAACUGUUGGAAGGGUUGGAUCUACAAAGUAACCCACAGUUACAGUGUUACAGCUCGUGACAGAAGAUUGUCCUUUAAAGCCUCUAGAAUCUUAAAACCUUUGAGUUUUAGAGAGUGCUUGGUUGUACAGUAUAUUCAUCAUGAUGCAGAUAUAGCCAGGAGGAUGUCCUGCUUAGUCCUUCCAUGGUGGGCAUAUGAAUGCCCAACGCAGGUCUUAUUUCUGCUUAGUAAUAUUCAAAUCAUGCCAGACUACCUCACCUUGAGUGGGAUAUUUUAAUGCUCUACCACUGGGGACCAACAGGUAGAGAUAAGCACCUUUAAGAUGUUUCCUUGUUUAUGAGUGGUCCUGUUUUGGGUGCAAAAAGGAUUAAAGCACAAGCAU